AUGAGUUCUUCCCGUCUCGGGAGUAACUGUCACACGCAGCUGGUCUUUGUUGUCCCAUUUCGUUGCAUGUCCGUGCCCUGGUUAAUAAACUGCAGUGAAACUUUGCGCGAAAGAAUUAUAAGAAAUAAAAAAGUCAACUUUAUGGUGCCCCCAGAGGCGCUGGAGGCGCCGUCAGUGUGCGCCACCGAUGUGUUCAACGGUGCCGCGUUCGCCAUCGUUGCUCGUUUCCUGCAACGAGUCUGGCUUCAUACAUUUGUCUGGUCGUCGUCGUCGUCGUCGUCGUCCUCAUCGUCGCUACCCACACCGACAGGUCGCUAUCCACUCACGCACUCGUGCGCUCGAGAGACGAGCGUUCGACUGCGCCGUAGCUACGGACGCCCAGUAUUAUUCUCGAACACAGUCUGUGAUCGCACGACCUCGCAGCCGAUCGCCAUUUAUAACGUAAUUUAUGAUAAAAAGAAGAUGAGGACGUCGGUUUUAAGUCUGAUGAGGAAUGGCCUCGACUUGGACCUGACCGUCGAUUGUAAGCAUCGCCAUCAUCCCAGAUCGAGGAUCGAAGCGCGCAAGAAGCGCCAAGCACUUAAUCUUUUACGCAGGCCAUUUGCUGCACUUCACCUCGAAGGUCAGUCGGUUCCAGAACAGUAG